AUGCCAGUGUUAUGUAGAACAGGUUGUGGGGAAAAAGCUGUGCUGAAGCGUCCUAAAACAGGCGACGCACUCUGCAAGAAUUGUUUUUACCAUGCCUUUGAAACAGAAAUACAUUACACUAUUACAAAAGGGGAACUUUUUAAUAAAGGCGAGUCAGUUGCAAUCGCUGCAUCAGGUGGAAAAGAUUCUACAGUCCUUGCUCAUGUUAUGAAAACUCUGAACAAAAGAUAUGAAUAUGGUUUGAAUCUAAUGCUUUUAUCAAUAGACGAAGGUAUCACUGGCUACAGAGAUGACAGCUUAGAAACAGUAAAACAAAAUCGUGAUGACUAUGAAAUGCCUUUAAAAAUUCUCUCAUAUAAGGAUUUGUAUGGUUGGACAAUGGAUGAGAUUGUUGCACAAAUAGGAAGAAAGAACAACUGUACCUUUUGUGGUGUAUUUAGGAGACAAGCUUUGGACCGAGGUGCUGCAAUGUUGAAUGUGAAAUGUAUAGCAACUGGCCACAAUGCUGAUGACAUAGCAGAGACGGUAUUAAUGAAUGUGCUGAGAGGUGACAUUGCAAGGUUAAAAAGAUGUACAUCAAUAUCUACUGGUAGUGAGGGUACUAUACCUAGAGUAAAACCCCUCAAAUAUACCUAUGAAAAAGAAAUAGUGAUGUAUGCACAUUACAAGAAGCUGGUGUACUUCUCAACUGAGUGUGUAUUUGCUCCCAAUGCCUACAGAGGUCAUGCUAGGGCUCUUUUGAAAGAUAUGGAAAAGAUCAGGCCUUCUUGCAUUAUGGAUAUAAUUUAUUCAGGAGAAACAAUGGCAGUGAAAGAAGACGUCAGUUUACCAACACAAAGAUUAUGUGUAAGGUGUAAAUUUGUGUCUUCCCAAGAGGUCUGUAAAGCCUGUGUACUUUUAGAGGGACUCAACAAGGGAUUGCCUAGGCUUGGCAUAGGUAAAAGUUCGAAAGCUAAAAAAAUGCUUGAAGAGUAUAAUUCAAAGCUAGAACACAGUGCUAAAGAAAGGGCCAUACAAGAUUUAAAUGACCAUAAAGUGAUUAAUGGAAGCGAUAAAUGUUCAUCUAAAGGUAAAUCCUGCAAGUCAGGAUUAUGUAAAAGUAAGAAAAAAUAUACUGAAAUUGAUAACCAUGUUAAUAAAUGUUGUAACAGUGAUUGUUCAGGAAGGUGUAAAUGCAAUCAGUCCAAUGACAAAGAAAAUGAGGGCAAUACCAAAAUAAAUACCUUAUUGGAACAAUAUGGGAUAAACGAAUCAUCAAACGAUUCAGGUAUAGAUCAGAAUAAACUAGAUGUUCCUAAUAAUGAUAUUGUGGAAGAUCUUCUUAACCAAGAGGAAGACCCAUGUUCAGGAUCUUGUGGCAAGAUGGGAUCAUUGCAAAUAGGAUUUUGA